AUUUUUCACCAAUUAAACUUCAAUGAAAUUAACUUCACUAUGCGCAAUUCUCUUCCUCAUUGAAAAACGAAAAGAUUCGUUUACUUACGAAUCCUAUUAUUGCUCUAGGAACAAAUUUACGAACAAAAAAUGCGUGGGAAUGUUGCAAUUCAGAUGGUUGCGGUUGUUUAUUAGAAGAAACACAUCCCCGAUACAUGUGGACCGUGCACUUCAAUGGAAAAAGCGCCUGUCGGUACUCUAUGCUGUUUUAGCAUGGCAUGCAUUUGGCGGUGUAUUGUACAUGUGUUACACAGGCAAACGUGACUGGAUGAGAGCAGAGGGUUAUGUCCCUGACGUAGACGUACUUCCUGCAAGGAGCUGGGCGCACACUCUAGGAAUCCCACAAGCACAGGUAAUACAAAUGUCUGGGUUUAAAAUAAAAGGAUCAUACGAAAUAAAGGAGGGCGAAGAUCUGUAUAUUGGAACGGCCGCUGAACGCACUGUUGGAAAUGAAGAGGCAGUGUCAAGUAGAAAUGAUUCCACGUAACAAGUGGUGAUUAAUACUUCAGUUUUUACAUUGUAAAAUAGUCAUAAUAAAAUACAUGAUAACACAAA